AUGCCUUCAGAUUACACUGAUCAGUUCCCCUCCGGUCAUGGCUAUCAGCAGCCAGAUCUAGGCUUGUCCUGGACUGGUGGUAAUGAUGAUGACGACCCAGACACUGCUGUCGGGGAGUGGGCAAAUGCGGCUGGCUUGAACCAUCGAUUGUGGCCCGAGGACAAGUACUUCCUCUAUGUAUGCUUCCUUAACGGCCAUUCAUCCGACAAGGACAAAGUCAAGUCUCUCAUCGAGGAACACUACAACACCCUUCGUAUGCGAAUCAGAUUCGUCUUCCUCGAGGAUGAUGACCCCAGAGCCUCCGAUAUCCGCGUUUCAUUCAUCUCUCACGGUGUCUCGAGCUCGUGUAUUGGCACUGACGCUGAGCGACACCUACAAGAAUCGACCAUGACGUUGAACAUGCAUCACAACGACCAGCGAAGCGCAGAGGAUCGGCGAAAACACAGACAGGCUGAUGUCUUGCAUGAGUUUGGCCACGCUCUAGGCAUGGAGCAUGAGCACGCUCAUCCUGACUGCCCGAUCAAGUGGAACUACAGAAUAGUCCAGGGCAGGAGGGGAUGGGAUGUUCAAAAGGUCACACACAACUAUCGCAAACUGGACAAGGCUUCCACAACAAUACGCAAUGCUUAUGAUCCCAAGUCCAUCAUGCAUUACCCAGUGGAACGAGGAGACGCCCAAGGCGGGACAGUGAUCCCUAUGAAUACUGAGCUUUCCGAUGGAGACAAGGAGUUCUUGAUCUGGAUCUAUCCCAUGCCCGAACCCCGCAGCUCAAGCUCACGGCAGAGCAGAAAGUCAUCGUCCAGCAAGAAAAGCUCAAGAAAGCAUCAAAAGGGACGCAGAGGCGAUGAGCAAAGACAGGAGGUGAUGCACCGACAAGAGGACCCGUCCAUUACGGAGAGCACAGGUGUUGACCCUAGAGUCUACGAGCAUUCAUAUUACCAGCCGUACGGGUACAACGCUGCUGAUGCUGAAGACUAUAUUCAUGACGACUCUGGUACGGGAGCCAGUGAUGAUCAGCUCUUGGCGGCUUCUGGGUAUGAUUAUCAGUUGUACAAUGGCGAGGUUGGUCCUAGCCAGUGGUAG